CUCAUAGCCUCUUUUUUGCACUGAAUCGAGGCGAGAGCAGGAGCUUGAAAGACGCAAAAAAUGGUGCAGCGACUGACUUACCGUAAAAGGCACAGCUACGCCACCAAAUCCAAUCAGCAUCGCAUUGUCAAAACCCCUGGUGGGAAAUUGGUGUAUCAGACCACCAAAAAGAGAGCCAGUGGUCCUAAAUGCCCCGUCACUGGCAAGCGAAUUCAAGGAAUUCCUCACUUGAGACCUGCUGAAUACAAGAGAUCCAGAUUGUCCAGGAACAGACGCACUGUAAAUCGUGCUUAUGGUGGUGUGUUGUCUGGAGGUGCUGUGAGGGAAAGGAUUAUCCGUGCCUUUUUAGUUGAAGAGCAGAAGAUUGUCAAAAAGGUGUUGAAGAUUCAGAAGGCAAAGGAAAAGGUGACAAAGAGCUGAACUUUGAGGUGAUGGAGCAAAUCCCAUUUGAGAAAUUUUGGAAUGAUGAUGAAAUUGAGAUGUGUACUUGAAUGUUGAGACUGUCAAAAUUAGCAUGUUUGAUGCUUUAGUAUUUAAUUAUAUUUUGGUUCUAUUUGACAAGAAAUCAUUGCCAGUUUGUGUAUUAAGUUUAUGCGAUGAAACAGUUGGAAGAUUUUGCAUGUUUUAA